AUGAAGCCCAUAUCUCAUGGAUCCAUCUCAGUGCCAUCGCCGACAUUACUACGAUUUCUGCGAGCGCAGACCGAUGCGCAAAGCCUGCCACGGAGCGCUUCGAAAAGCCGCACCAGCUAUCUAGUGGGUGGCAGCAUACGCGCUGCCUCGACUAGCACAGCCUCGAGUCCGUCUCCUUCGCAUGCAAACGCUGCGCGACGACAUUGUUACGGGCACCAGCCGCUUCGCACCACCCGCGAAACCACAUCUCCACCCCUUUACUCGCAACAUAACUACAAGAUCCUGCCUUCAACGGCACAUCGCAGCUUAGCGACGAGCAGUCCUCGCCGUACCUUCUCUACUACCCGAGCAUCAAGUUUCUGGAAUAUAUUCGGCAGCAAGAAGCGGAAACCAGCAGCCUCGCUCCAGCCCGAUGACCUCCCGCCUCUCGCAAGCUUCCUUGACGACAAUGGCAGUUUGGGGAGACUACUACGGCCCGCGAAUGAGCUCAAGCUCCGCUGCACGGAAUUCGAUGAGAAUGGCAACGUGACGCUUGUAAACGGGGAGUUCAAGAAGAGCGAGCUGAUCGCCAAGUAUGGCCUCCUCCCCCGCGACCUCCGCAAGAUUGACUCCUCCCUCCUCCCGCACAUUCUCGUACGCCCCUCCGCCAUCCUUCUCAACCUCCUCCACCUGCGCGUCCUCAUAAAAUACAACCGUGUCCUGGUCUUCGACGCCUACGGCUCGACAGACUCCUACACCCAAUCGGUCUUCAUGUACGACCUCGAAGGUAAGCUACGGCAAAAGGAAAGCCGCAUCAGCGCCGGCUCGUUACCCUACGAAUUCCGCGCGUUAGAAGCCGUCCUCAUCUCCGUGACGACGGGGCUCGAGAGCGAAUUCGAAGGCGUCAGGGAACCUGUGGUGCGGGUCCUGAAGGAGCUGGAGGAGGACAUUGACAGGGAUAAGCUGAGGUAUCUGCUUAUCUACAGCAAGAAGCUGGGCACGUUUGAGCAGAAAGCGCGACUCGUGCGGGACGCGCUGGACGAGCUGCUCGAGGCGGAUGAUGACCUCGCGGCCAUGUAUCUGACGGAGAAGGCGGCGGGGAAAGAGCGGACGGAGGAGGAGCACGAGGAGGUGGAGUUGCUGCUCGAGUCGUACCACAAGGUCGCCGAUGAAAUCGUGCAGGCGGCCGAGAACCUGGUCUCCAGCAUCCGCAAUACCGAGGAGAUCGUAAAAGCCAUCCUUGACGCAAACCGCAACAGCCUAAUGCUGCUCGACCUCAAAUUCAGCAUCGGCACCCUCGGUCUCGGCGCCGGCACCUUCGUCGCAGCCCUCUACGGCAUGAACCUGAAAAACUUCAUCGAGGAGUCCGACCUCGGCUUCUGGGGCGUAUCCGCCUGGUGCGCCGUCUUCACCGCCAUCGUGUGUUCCGUCGGCUUGAACCGACUCCGCAAGGUCCAGCGCGUUAGCAUGUGGGGCGAGGGGUAUCAGCAUGGGAGCCCAGGGCCCAGGGCACGGGGGAGGGGCAGUUGGCGGGAUGUUGGGAGUAUGGGGUUGAAUGGUAGUAUUGGGAGUGGAGGGCCGGGGGCGCUGGGACCGCCGCCGGCGGGCGUGGGACCGUUUCCGGGCGCGAGUGUGGGCGCGAGUGUGGCGGGGUUGAGGGGGCCGGAGAAGAGGGUUGAGAGGUGGAGGAAGGCGAAGGAGUUGCAGGCUACGCCGCUAAGGAAGAGGAGGACCCCAGGUGUCGGGGACCCGGAGACUGGCGGGAUAAGCACCGCGACUGGCCUUGGGGCGUCGGCUGGUGCGGCGGUGGGCUUGGGGACAGUGACGGGAGGGCAGGAGCCGCAGAAUCGCGGUAUGGGCGAUAGUGAGUGGCCUGCCCAUGUGGGUACGCCCAAGCCGAUGUAA